AUGGAAAACUCAGAGGCUCACAUCGAGAAGUCAUCAUCCGCCGUCGUUCAUCCGCGCUACCUUUCUCUUCCACGCUCAUCUUCGACGCUGCUUUUUUCAUUCUCGGUGCUUAUUCACAACGCCACAUUCCCCUCCGUUAACACUCAUCUUCGUCGCCGCCUUCCUCCUCCUUGUCGCCGCCUUCCUCCUCCUCUCGCUGUUCGUCCGCAUCAACGUCGCCGUUCGUCCACGCCGAAAACUUACUUAAGAGGUGAGAUGGCUAGUGAGGAUAGUUUUCUAGUGCUAGUACACCACAGAGGAUCGAUUAAGAGAAAAACUCGGUCUGGGAUGAAGUUCACGGAUAAGGAUCCUCUAUGUAUUAUCAUGAGCCCCGCGACUAGUUACGAUGGUCUCGUGUGCUCUGUGCUUGGCAAACUUGGUCUGGAAGGAGUGAAGAGAGUUAAGAAGUUUUUCUAUCGAAUUCCAAUCACGGUGCUCCACGAUACGGUGAAGUAUGAUUGUUUCACGAUCGGGAGUGAUGAGGACUUGCAGGUCAUGUUUCUUUCUCGUAGGCAGUUUCCGGAGGUGAGGACACCGGAGCUAUUGGCAAAGUUCGUCGACGUACAUGUCGCCUCCCCAUUGUUUGCUGUUGAUCUCGCCGGCAAUGUUGGAGACGAGGUUGGAUAUGAUGAACAUCAUCCGACUGAAGUACGGUGUCCUCCUCCGGCUGGUGUUGGCGAGGGAUCGUUUGAUGAUCCCGAUGAUGAUGAAGUCGAGCCGGAUAUUAUCACUGAUGAAAGCGGCGAUGAUGUUGGAGCGAGUGAUCCGAUAAGGCCUACUGGUGGUUCUAGUUCUGGCACAAAUCAGUACCCACCCCAUUUUUCAUCUUUGGAUCUGGAUGCCAUGAGGCAGGACGGACAUCUUGGGCAGCUAGCUGGAUUUGGCGCUAGAGAUACCGACGGGUCUGCCGGUAUAACAGAGUUCCAGGUUGGUCAACAAUUCCAGGAUAAAGAUGAGGCGCUGUUGAGUGUCAAGACGUACAGCAUCUGCCGAGGGGUACAGUACAAGGUGGUUGAGUCUGACUAUCGCCGGUACGUGGGAAAGUGUUCUGAGUUUGGGAAUGGGUGCACAUGGUUGAUUAGGCUUAGCCUCCGACAGCGCAAGGGCAUCUGGGAAGUGAAGCGGUACAACGGGCCGCAUACCUGUCUCGCCACCUCCGUCUCCAGCGACCAUAGGAGCUUGGACUACCACGUGAUAACGACAUUCAUCAUGCCAAUGGUUAGGGCUGACGCAUCGGUCAACAUCAAGGUGCUUCUAAAUGCAACGGCAGCACACUUUGGCUUCAGGCCUACAUACCAGAGGGUGUGGAUGGCCAAGCAGAAGGCGGUAGCAAUCAUCUACGGGGACUGGGAUGAGUCGUACAACGAGCUCCCUCGGUGGGUCUUAGGAGUUCAGUUGACUAUGCCUGGCACUGUAGCAGUCUUCAGGACCUGCCCGGUUCGAGUUGGUGGACAGGUGAACGAGUCUCAGUCUUAUUUUCAUAGGAUGUUCUGGACUUUUCCCCCUUGUAUCGAAGCAUUUCGUCAUUGCAAGCCGUUGGUGAGUAUUGACGGCACCCAUCUAUAUGGCAAGUAUGGGGGAACGUUGCUCGUGGCGAUUGCACAGGACGGGAAUUCCAACAUACUUCCUGUGGCAUUCGCACUAGUUGAGGGUGAGAAUGCUGAGUCAUGGUCCUUCUUUCUCUCCCACCUCCGUCAGCACGUGAUACCUCAGCCAGGUCUGUUAGUUAUUUCAGAUAGGCAUAACGGCAUCAAGGCGGCACUUGAAGCACCUGAUGGGGGAUGGCUACCUCCGUCUGCAUACCGGGCAUUCUGCAUUCGACACGUUGCAGCGAAUUUCGCCCUCACCUUCAAGGGCAAAUAUGCCCAGAGGCUUCUUGUCAACGCCGCAUAUGCAAAGACCGAGGUGGAGUUUGACUACUGGUUCGACAUCCUGCGCUCUGAAAAUCCGGCAAUGUGUGACUGGGCGAACCGAAUUGAUUAUAAGUUGUUGACACAGUACUGUGAUGAGGGCCGGAGAUUCGGGCACAUGACGACCAAUAUAUCAGAGUGUGUCAAUUCAAUCCUGAAGGGGGUAAGGAACCUCCCUAUUUGCUCGCUGGUUAAGGCCACAUACGGAAGGCUGGCUGAGCUAUUCGUCCGUAAGGGUAGGGAGGCCGAGGCUCAGAUGGGUACUGGACAACAAUUCAGUCAAUACCUAGUAAAGUGUAUCGAGGCCAACCUGAAGACAGCCAGGUGCUUCACGGUGACUGUUUAUGACAGGGAUAACUCGGAGUACACCGUGGCUGAGACGACUCCGACAGGUUCAUUCUCACUUGGUACGUACAGGGUCUCAUUAGGGUCAAAGACUUGUGAUUGUGGAUACUUCCAAGCACUUCAUUUCCCGUGUCCUCAUGCCCUGGCUUGCUGUGCUUAUUCACGUCUUACAUGGCAGCCUUAUGUCCACCAGGUCUAUCAGCUUAGUUCCGUUUUCGGUGUCUAUCAGAUGGGAUUUACACCUCCCAUUCCGGAGGGUUUCUGGCCACCUUAUGCCGGGCCUUCCAUUAUACCAGAUCCGAAUAUGAGGCGUGCGAGGGAAGGUCGUCCUAGGUCCACACGAAUUCGCAAUAACAUGGAUGAUGCAGAUCCGAACCGCCCAAAGAGAUGUGGCCUCUGCAGGCAGCCAGGACACACCCGUCGUAGUUGUCCACAAGCCGCAGGCCCUAGCGGGACUGCUGGGAAUUAA